AUGCCAGCGGAGAAACUAUCAACUGACGAAACUCCUAGUUCAAACUCAUCCGGAAUUCUUGAUCCUGGAGAGUUACAUCAAUCGACUCCAGCUUUAGUUGGAAGACUAUUAUGUCAGCGAAA